UAUGAACUAAAUUAAAAUUCAAAAGGCUACUUUGGGGUGAAAUGGUUCGUCCAUUUAUGUCCUCUUUCAACUUCCUCCGCCGUGCCUUCUCCGCCGCACCCACCGCUUCCUUCGGCCAUCCACCGAUGCCCUCGAUCGGAUCACCGGCGAGGAUCCACAGACUGAUCGCUGCACAGGCGGAUCCCCUACUCGCCAAGGAGAUCUUCGACGUCGCCUCCUCCCUCCGGCCCGACCUCCCGCUCCGCCCAUCCUCCCUCCACUCCCUCAUCCUCAAGCUUGCCCGCGGCGGCCACUUUUCUGCCUCAUCCUCCCUCCUCCGCCGCCUUCCUUCCCCCUCCCCCGCGCUCCUCUCCUCCCUCUUCCUCACAUUCUCCCGCCUCGGCCGCCCUGAUCUCGCCCUCUACACCUUCCGCCGCCUCGUCUCCUCCCCCUCUCCCUCAACCCCUCCGCGUCCCAAGCUCUUCCGCCGCCUCCUCUCCGCCCUCGCUGCCCACCCGUCCUCACUCCCCUCCGCCCUCUCCCUCCUCAAAUCCUCCCCUUCCUUCGGCGUCCCACACUCCGUCCGCGCCCACAAUGUCCUCAUCCACGCCUUCGCCCGCACCGGCAACGUCGCCGUCGCCUACUCCCUCUUCAACCGCCUCUUUGCCCUCGACCUCGCCCCCGAUACCUCCACCUACCGGAUCCUGAUGCAGGCGCUGUGCCGGAAGAGCCAGGUCAGCACCGCCUGCAACCUGCUCGACGAUAUGCUCAACAAAGGCUACACCCCCGAUGCCCUCACCUACACCACCCUCCUCAACAGCCUCUGCCGCAAGAAGCGCCUCCGUGAGGCCUACAAACUUCUCUGCCGUAUGAAGGUCCGUGGCUGCAACCCCGACAUCGUCCACUACAACACCCUCAUCGUCGGUCUUUGUCGCCAAGGAAGACCACUCGACGCAUGCAAGGUGCUCGAGGAUAUGCCUGACAAGGGAUGCUUUCCGAAUCUCGUAUCCUAUUCGACUCUGAUCCACGGAUUGUGCGCCCAGGGGCAGUACGAUCAAGGCCUCGCAUACUUGGAGCUCAUGCUGAGCAAGGAGCUCGUGCCCCAUUUCUCGGUGGCCCAUGCUUUGGUCAAGGGGCUCUGCAGCGUGGGGAAGGUGGAGGAGGCUUGCAGGGUCAUGGAAGCAACGCUGCGGCAUGGAGUGGCUCCCCAUGUGGAUACAUGGGACUUGGUCGUGGCUGGAGUUUGCGACGAUGACAUGGAGCAGCUGAUGGAUUAUAUCAGGAAGGUGGCGAAUGAGGAAGAGUGGAGGAAGAACACAAGGAUCGUUCAGGUUGGCCGCGGAUUGAACGAAUACAUGGUCAACAAAUCAAGCAAAAGUACUAGACACGGAAGUCAAACGAAAUAGAGGAUCUUUUGAUCCAAGUAGAGCAUGCAAGGCUUCAUUUGAUGGUGCUGCAACAUACAAUGUGGAGCAGGAGAUGGUUGUUUGUUUCUUCACCUUUUUGCGAACAUAAGAAUCGAGCUUCAGAAGCAUCAAAAGUGCUGUUAGUUUGGCAUGAAUGGACCAGUGUGGUAGAAGUAACUGUGAAGUGAAGGGGGAGUUGGGCUGAGAGUGAUGCUUUCAUGUCAAGACUCUGUUUUUUCUCAUUGUAUGCAUUUUUGAAACAAAGAAGCUUAAACAUCAUCAAAAUUGGUUCAA